AUGAAGCGCUCCCUGCUCGUCUGUCUGCUGAUCGGCUCGGCGCUCAUCGGUCUCGGUAUGUUUGGAAAAAGAAGAAUUUAGUCUUUAUUUGUUUUUAAAAAUUUAAAUAAAAAUAAUUCCUUAUUUUAAAAAUCUAAAACACUUUGGAAUAAUCCCAGAUUUAUGAUUUAUUCCAACAAAUAAUCAGUGUUUUAUGCAUUUAUGGGUCAUCUGUAAGGAAAAUACUCAUUUUAAAUUACGUUUAAUAAAAUCUAAAAUAAUUCUUUAAUUUUAUUUUGUUGAUUUUUAUUUUAUUUUGAAGGGUUUUUGUCUUCUUGUUCUUGUUUUUUAUUAUUUUACCCCCUGCUGUUAUUAUCUGUCUGUCUGUUCUUUUGUGGAGCUCUUUGGGCCGUGUGCUGGUAUGUAUGAAUAAAGUCUAACUGAGUCGAGUAAUAACGUUUAAUGAUUUUAAAAAAACUCAACAAUGUAUUUUAAAUUCAAUUUUUGCUCCCAGGUUUGAGUUCAGGUCUUUAAACAUAAAUUAUAUAUAUAUUUUUUUUCAGCUCAAACUUUUAGUUUCUGGUGUUGACAAAGAAAAAAAAUCAUAAUUCCCAAAAAUGUUUAAAGUCUUUACUGCUACGAGCUCGAGGAAGCUAAGGCUAACAGCUUGCAUAGGCUAAAGCUAACAGCUUUAUGAAAUAGAUUUCACUGAUGAAGAAAACUGAUGAAAUCAAUAACUCAUUGCUAGCUUAACUGUCAUGAUGUUCAUUAGCAUUGUCAUUAGCAUCUUGGUUAGCAUUGUAAGCUUUGCUAUUUUUUUUUUUUUUUUCCCCAGGAUCGGCCAUCCGCUGUUACAGCUGUAAGGACUACACCGCCAGCUGCACCAAGCAACGGGAGUGUAGCUAUGACGACGCCUGUCUCACACUCUAUGAGAGAGGUACAGCUGAACCUGAUCACCGGUAGAGCCUGUGGAGCCUUUUUAACGAUUCAGAUCCAACAGUUAUGCUUGAGUUACCUCAGAAGUCAGAUGUCGGAGCUGAAAAUUAUGUCACACCCAAGGAAAAUCGGAGGCCUGAAACAAAAUGGCUACAUCUACGAAAGUUAUUUUAGCGCUUGCCUUAUGUUCGGACAAGCCAAGCGCUAAAAUAACUUUCGUAGAAGUAGCCAUCUUGUUUCAGGCCUCCAAUUUUGCUUUUUUCCGACUUGGUAACUGAAACACUGGGAACUUGUGUGUGAUGUCAUUUUCAGCUCCGACAUCUGACUUCCGAGGUAACCUGAAGGCAGUAUUAGUAUGUGAACUCAGAUAACCAGGUCUGUGUCUCCUGCAGGUGGGAUGACUUAUCGUCAGUGUCUGAAGUACUCUGACUGUGAGUACAGCCGACUGGGACAGAUGUUCCCACAGGUAACCUUUACACAAAUACUGCAGUACUACUUAAAGGUGGGGUAGUCACGAUCUGAGGAAGCGCCGGUUUUCAGGAGAAAUCAUGAAUGUAAACUCUACCCCUCCUCCUCUCCCCUCCCUCUCUGCUCCAGCAAGCCCCGCCCACAAACAGACACUCCUACUCGCUCGUAUCGUUUCAAUUAAAUUCAGAUAUAAUGCAGAUAAAUACUUCAGAUAAGUGGGUUUCUGGUACAGAACCUAAAAAAAGUUUGUAAAAAGGACAUUAAUUUGUCAGAUUAUCACAGUUAAAAAAACACUAUAUCGAUAAAGCUAAUUUUUCGCUAAUGUAUCGAAUUAAAUUUCAUACCGACAUAAAAAAUUCUCUUUACAUUACAAUGAUUUUAUGAGUUUUAUUGAUCUGUUUCCCCUGAUCGGUAAAUUUUACAAUCAUUUCCAGGUUUCCAGUUUCACCUUCAAGUGCUGCAACUCUGACCUGUGUAACUCCGCCCCCUCCGCAACAGCCAGCUCUGUGAUUGGUCUGCUGGCCUCAUUGGCAGUCAUGUGGUGGUGCAUUCACUGA